AUGGAUGUGACAGAGUUUGACCUGGACAACGCUGCUUUAGCAAUCAGGCUUGAGCUCUAUGAUCUCGAGGCUUUCUUAACGGCGUUUCCUGCACAUACUGCGGGAGCUCAAACGCGUGAGCGAAUCAGUACCCUUCGCUUCCAACUUGAGGAAAUCGCGAUAUCCAAAGUUCAACCAUCAGAUGGCACAUUGCAGGAGAGCAUGCACCUAGCCAUGCCGUUAGAUUUCCCGGAGGUUGAUCGACUUCUCACUCAAAACGCAAGUUCCACAGACGGGCGUCAACAAGGCCAAAUCAAUCCGUCAAGAAACAACUCAAACUUCCAGAGUCGUGGGUAG